AUAAGUAUGUAAGAUGUACUGGCAUUUUCGGUGUUUUUGAAAAUAAUUACAUUUUAAAUGGUCGAUUUUAAUAUUUAAUUCGGCAUUUAUAAAUAUCCAAUUCUAUUCACAUAUACCUAAAUACUCGUAUUUAUAGACAUUGUACCCAUAUAACAGUAAUUUAAAACUCAUUUGAAUCGCAUCGUUCAAUCAUUUCGGUCCAAUGUACACAAAAUGUUGAUAUUUUCGAAGACAAGUUGCUUGCUUUUUCUUGUUGCAAUACUGUUUGGGUGCGCAGAAAGUAAAUUCAAAAUUACAAAUGUGAAAUGUCUUUCGCCGAACGAAUCGUUUGCCAAAUUUCAUACGUGUCGUCUGAAAGCUGUAAGACGCAACAUCAAUGAGUUAUCGAUUUACGUGAAAUUGCUGCAAUUGCCUAUCGAUAAUGUGAAGAUCUUCUUACAACUGAAGAAGCGCAAUGACUAUCGCAGUCGUCCGAUUUACGAAUAUCAUAUUGAUGCUUGCGCCUUCUUUCGCAACAAGCGUCGCAAUCCGUUAGCUGAAUUAUUCUACAAUUUUUUGGGUCUUAAAAGUCACAGUAAUGCAAAUCACAGUUGUCCUUACGAUCACGAUCUUAUCUUAGAUCGUUAUUAUAUCGAUGACAAAUUCACCGCUUUUGUACCAUUGUCUCUCGGAUUCUAUGAAGUACAUACACGUUGGGAAACUGAUGGAGUUACGAGAGCUGAUGUGGAUGUUGUGAUUGAGGCCUAUGACUAAAAAUUAUUCAAAUUGUCAAAUAUAUUUUUUUUUGUUU